CGUAACUUCCUGCUGCAUUGUGCGAGGUCUCGCGUUACAAGGCCACAGGAAAUAAGAUGAACCUCAGAACUGGCUGAAUUCUAGCGGCUUUGUUUUUAACAAAACGUUCGCACAGGCGGGGGUCUGAUUGUAAGGCUGUGGAGAUGAAAUCGAAUAAGACAGAUGAAACAACCAGGACUAGCGGUAAAGACUCCGUCUGUUUGGAUCCACUAAGGUAAACAGCGGGGCAGGCAAGGAUUCUCCAGCAUAGACAAGGGCUGAAAAGGAAGGACGAACCCUAACGACAAGGGGCAAAAAGAACUCUUUUUGUGGGAGGUCAGAAGGUCGUAUGACAUGCGCAUGAGACCAGGGCAGUGACGAUGAAACCUGUUUGUCAUGCCCUGUGACUGGCAAAUGAAAGUGGCUUAGAGAUUGUGGAGCCAACACGCUCUUGGUGCUUUCUGUGGGUGCAAAACUCGGCGAUACUUUUCAAUCAUCGAGAGACGGCAAUGAAAGCAGCUCUCCUACUGCUAUACACCAUGGUGUAACAAAGGCGAUCUUUAUGAUGGGUUGUGGCAUGUUCGAAGGAUCUCAAUAAUUCAUUUACUUGUUGGUUCCACAAUAGAGCAAAUGACCUGCCUGGUCUGACCAAACACACACACACAAAUUGUUGUUCCCUAGGAGUAACUAGAUUUUCUUCGUUUAGUCGUUUCAAACAACUCCAGGGCAUUCAGCACUUUCUCUCCAUCUGGACCAACGAAGCUGAUCUUGGCUCGCGGAGUUCAACAGAUUUCGCUGUUUUCCAGCAAUAAAGGAGAAAUAACACAAGCCGGGAGAUUGACAUAGAAAGAUAGAAAAAAAAAUCAAAGCUGAUGACACCGAUGUCAAACCUAGCCACCCCGAAUACCGUGCUGUAGUUUUCCAGCGUGUGUCAAGAAACAUUACAUCAUGUGGGUGACUAAAAGACGAAGCAACCGUACUAUCGGCACCCGGAGAAUCAAGGAGAACGCAGUACCCGACAUCCUGCUGGACAUACCCUGGAGACAUCGCCUACGUAAUGGAGAGAGGCGGAAGUUCGUGAUGGCGGAACUACGUCACCGAGUGAUGACGACAGGCGGAAGCAGGAGCCGCAGCGCGGAGCUCGACAAGCAAAGGGCGAUAAAUGCGGCUCGUUGUCCCAAGGACUCCAAGUUUGGCGAGUGUCUGUCAAAGCAACACCCAAGGCGAGACCCCCAUCCUGGCCUCUCCGCCCACCGCCUUCACGUGCUGAGAUGGCGCCGCAUGGAGUUUUCAAUGUCUGUUUGUGCGAUGCAGCAGCAGAAACAACACUUCGUCCGCACUACCCCCUCCCUGAACCACGAGCCACUUAUCCUGGUGGAACGGCCGGCUUCCCCCACGUCUCGCUGUCGCACGCCAUCAACCCUGACGACCAUCGACGCCUUCACGCUGAAAGCGAAGAAGAAGAGGAAUGUUUGGGAGGAGGCGAUGGACGAGAAGGCCCCACCCCAGUUCCAGAGCACGGUCCGCCCUGCUGCCCGCCUGUCCCGGCGUGAGAUGGCGCAGCUGCAGGAGGGCUGGUCAUCCCACAAGCUGCGGGUGGACGACCUGGGGGCCAAAGACAACGACAGCCCCAGGACCUCCGCCCCCAGCGGGGCGAGCACUGACCCCCGGCUAACGGACACCCUGUUUCUAACUCAGCUGCCGCGCAAGGACCUGCCGACUACGGCCGACGGUCGUCUCCUCCGGACCGUGGCGAUCAGCCAGUUGACCUCUGCCUCCCCAUCCACAUCCCUAGCAAGGGACGCUCCUGCCACGGCACCUGCACACAAACAUUCCUCGAGGAAGAUUAGGAUAGAGGCCACACCUGUAGUGCUCACGUGAUUUUUGUGUGUGGAUGGAGGCUAAAUGUAUUCCUCAUCUUUGAGAUUCUCUGGACACUUAGCUACUGACUCUUCUAACUGGCCUUGGACUGCAUGCAGAGACAAUAUGUAAACCCUUUGGUCUGUUUGAGCUGUGUCU